CCCAGCGCGGCCCAGCCCGUGUUGAUGUUGUGAAGUAGAUUUGGGGGAAGGGAUUUGUCUCGGUCGCUCACCCCCCAGCUCUACAUGUUCGCUGCACUGAGGAGACGGAAGAGGAGCCAGCCCCCCUCCCGGCCCGGAUUAUUGUUGUUAUAUUAUCUCUCCUCCUCCUGCUCCGCGGCGGCGGCCUAGCAGCGACGGCUCCUCUGAGGAGGGAGGGGGGUGGAAUUCUCUCUCCCUUUCUCGGAUUCUCGUUGGAUUCAGACGCCGAUUUGCUCAGUGCUUGGGAGAUGGGAAGUAAUGAUAGCUGGCACCUGAACUAAAAUAUCUGUGAAGGCACUACCAUCCCAGAACUUCAGGAUGAAUGGGGAUAUGCCUCAUGUUCCCAUCACUACUCUUGCAGGCAUUGCUAGUCUUACAGACCUUUUGAACCAGCUGCCUCUUCCAUCACCUUUACCUGCUACAACAACAAAAAGCCUACUCUUCAAUGGACGGAUAGCUGAAGAGGUGAAUUGCCUUCUGGCUUGCAGGGAUGAAAAUUUAGUUUCACAGCUCGUCCACAGUCUCAAUCAGGUGUCAACAGAUCACAUAGAAUUGAAAGAUAACCUUGGCAGUGAUGAUCCAGAGGGAGAUAUACCGGUCUUGCUGCAGGCUAUCCUGGCAAGGAAUCCUAAUGUUUUCAGGGAGAAAAGCAUGCAAAACAGAUAUGGGGUACAAAGUGGGAUGAUGAUGUCAUCGCAGUUUAAUAUUUCUCAGAAUUCCAUGCGUGGUAGUCCUGCAUCUUCCAAUUAUCAACAAACCACUAUCUCACAUAGCCCUUCCAGCCGGUUUGUGCCACCACAGACAAGCUCUAGUAACAGAUUUUUGGCACAACAGAACAGUCCAGUGCCUAGUCCAUAUGCACCUCAAAGCCCUGCAGGGUACAUGCCAUAUUCACAUCCUCCGAGUUACACACCACAUCAUCAGUUGCAGCAAGCUUCAGUGUCCAGUCCCAUUGUCACAGCUGGGAUGAGGAAUCUCCAUGAAAAUAAAAUUUCAAGUCAGUUGUCUGGAAAUUCAGCUAAUCAUCAUGCUGAUAAUUCUAGACAUAGCUCAAAUGAAGACUACCUACAGAUGGUGCACAGACUAAGUAGUGAU